AUGCCUCUUCGAUUUCAGUCGCCGGAAAGACCUUCGAAUCGUAGACCCACAUGGGUCCGCCAAACAUCACCGAGUCCUUCCAUUGAUAUAGCCGACUCUACUGUCCAGUACAACUUUCACAAAGCGCUUGUCGGAUAUGAGCCUACAGCUCUCCUUUCCUUGGACGCGCUCGCUGCAGAGCUAGGUCUUGAUGGUAUCUACAUCAAGGACGAAUCAUCUCGCUUCGGUCUACCUUCGUUCAAAGCCUCGGGAGCAUCGUGGGGCUGCUUUCGCGCUCUUGUCUCACAAUUGUCGUUGAAUCUCGAGUCUGCUACUUUAGAACAAGUAGCUUCUGUUGCCAAAGAUCGUGGCUGCAGGCUAUUAGCCGCCACAGAUGGAAAUCAUGGCAGAGCAAUUGCUUGGAUGGCACGAUCCUUAGGUAUCGAGUCGUCCAUUUAUGUGCCUCAUGAUCUGCAUCCGAACUUCCUGCGUUUGAUUGCUGCCGAGGGAGCGGAAGUGAUUGUGGUCCAAGGAGACUAUGACCUCGCUGUUUCCAGUGCUGCUUCUGCUGCUGCCACGACCAAGAACAAUAUACUCGUGCAAGACACAGCUUUCGAAGGUUACGAAGACAUCCCAACAUGGAUCAUAGAUGGAUAUGCGACCAUCUUUACCGAAAUGGAAGAGCAGUUGCAAGAGCUGAAUGCACACCCAACAACCAUCAUCACACCUGUUGGCGUGGGGUCUCUAGCUCAAGCAGUUAUCGCAUAUGCCAAAGGGCACCGAAACUUCAUGACAGUGGCUGUGGAGCCAGAUACAGCGGCAUGUUUGCACGCUUCACUUGUUGCUGGAGAAGCUACGUCUAUCAUCACAUCCAACACAAUCAACGCUGGAUGUAACUGCGGAACGCUUAGUUCCAUCUCCUGGCCGUACCUUCGCGACUAUGUCGAUCUGAGCACCACGGUAUCUGAUUUUGAGACUCACGUUGCAGUACAGGACAUGCAUCGCCAUCAUGUGAACGCCGGACCAUGCGGUGCUUCCGGCCUGGCAGCUUUGAAAAGACUUGUAGCUGAGGGACACAUUGCCAAAGGAUCGUCGGUGGUCUUGAUCAAUACCGAGGCCAAGAGACCUUACGACAUACCUCUCGACGUCAGUAACGACGAUGUCGCGGUCUUGACUCAACAACUCGUCCAGAUCGAUAGUUCGAGUCCAUCACUAGAUAUGACGGGCUCUGCGCCGGGAGAAGCAAAGAUUGCAGCAUUCAUCACGCAAUGGCUACACCAUCGUGGUAUCGAGACUCACGUCGUGGAGUCAGUGCCAGGUCGCCCCUCUGUGGUGGGAGUGGUUCGUGGCAGCGAUUCCAAUGCCAAAUCUCUCAUGUUGAACGGACAUAUUGAUACAGUAUCGCUAUCCACCUACGGCGUGGGUCCUCUUAGCGGCAGUCUUGUGGAAGGCAAGAUCUACGGCCGAGGUGUACUGGACAUGAAGGCUGGAGUCGCAGCUGCCAUGACCACACUUCUGCAUUUCUCCACGCAUGGCAGUAAGGGCGAUGUCAUUUUCACCGCAGUGGCAGAUGAGGAAGACAAAAGCAUGGGUACUGCUGCUAUCCUUGCGGCAGGAUGGAAAGCAGAUGCUGCGCUCAUCCCCGAACCUACAUCUCUACAACUUCACCACGCACACAAGGGUUUCGUGUGGAUUGAAGUUACCAUUCUCGGGGUUGCUGCACAUGGCUCCGAUGCUCAAACAGGCGUAGAUGCCAUCAUGUCUACUGCCGAUUUCUUGAAAGCUAUCGAAAGGUAUGCCGAAACAUUGCCAGAUGAUGAUGUCUUAGGACAAUCAACAAUGCACUGCGGCACCAUCAGAGGUGGAGAGGAGAACAGCAGUUAUGCUGGAUCCUGCACACUGACCAUUGAGUUCCGCACUGUUAACGACGACAGUGCCUCUCAGUCAUCUACUGCCAUCCUCAAAGACAUCACAAAUAUCCUUGAUAAACUUGCUGCUGCAGACAAGAAGUUCAAGUUUGAGCUGCCAAAAGUGCUCUUUGAACGUAAGCCUUUGCUACCAUUGGCAGAGACACAUCCUCUACUGGUUGCAACCACUAAGGCAAUUGCUGAUGUGCAAGGCGAGAAAGAGGUACGACCUACAGCGGCGAAGUUCUGGACGGAUGCUGCGUUGCUGAGUGAAGCUGGUAUUCCUUCUUUGGUCUUUGGACCUGCAGGUGAGGGACUGCAUGGCAAGGAUGAAUGGGUGGAUGUCAAAAGUAUCAGAGUUGUGGAGCAGGUGAUGAGAGAGGUCAUUGAAACAUUCCAGUGA